CUUCACAGCAUAGUCCAUACCCGCCGCCACAAGGUCUAAAACCCUAAACCCCCCGAGCUAGCGAUAAAGCAAGAAUGGCGCCGCCGCCGCAACACCUCCCACCCCAUCCCCAAAGCCCUACCCCAGCCUCCCCCACCCAUGGCGCGGCAUCCUAAGCCCCCGUCCCCCUCCCCGCCCCCGCGUUCGCCACCGGACUCGGACCCCGGCGCCGGCUUCGAUCCCGUCGACUUCGACUAGGCCAUGUGGGGCGAGCUGGGGGGCAAGGGCCUCGGUCCCGCCGAGGAGGCGGUGGCUCCGCACUCGCCGGAGCCGACGACGACCUCCGACGACGCUGGGAAGGCCUCGGGUGGUUCGGCGGUGCCCAAUAGCUGCGAGUUUGGUGUGAAGGAGGAGCCCGUCGAGGAGGACGGGUCGCUCGGCCAGGCUGGAAAUUUUUGCGGCGAAGAAAUUGACGAGAAGGCUGAGAUGGUGAGCGGCGGAUUGGGCGAGCUGCUUGCUCCGGAUCAGCUUCUGACGUCGGGGAUUAGUGAUUUGGCUGUGAAAGAGGAUGUUUCGGAGGGAGCGGUUGCCAUGGAGAUGGUUGCCGCACCUACUGAUGUUGAGACGAAUACCGCAGUGUCUGCGAAAGAGGAAGGCGGAGGCGACAAGGAGGAGCAUGAAAGCAGCGAGGAUGAAUCGGAUAGUAGCGAAGAGGAGGAUGAGUCGAGCGAGGGUUCCUCCAGCAGCGAGGAUGAGGAAGAGCAGAGGUCCAAGAAGGAUGUGGAUUCAAGUGAAGCCUUGUCCAGUAGUGACGAGGAGGAAGAGCUAGGAGUCAAGAUGCACAGUGGUGCUGGUGGAACCAAAGGUGGUGGCCUGGAGGCCCUCCUCGAGGAGGGUGAAUUGAUGAUUGGGAGCGAUGAGGAGGGCGACGAGCCUAAGGGUCCUAUCAAGUCCAAACACGAAGCAGAGGUUCUUCCUCCUGUCCCAAAAAUUGAAAUACAGUUGGAACCACAUCAUCAGACUCUUCCAGUGGGAACUAUCUCAGCUGUAAUGGGUGAGAGGGUUAUUGUUGAAGGGUCAGUCCAACACAACCCCCUGAAUGAGGGCUCAAUUCUCUGGCUAACAGAAAUCAGGACACCACUUGGUAUUGUUGAUGAAUUGUUUGGACCUGUGAAAAACCCAUACUACCUCGUGCGAUACAACUCUGAGGAAGAAGUGCCUGGUGGGAUCAGUGUAGGAACCAGUGUCUCUUUUAUAGCAGAAUUUGCAGAUCACAUCCUGAAUAUGAAGGAGCUUUAUGCAAAAGGCUACGAUGCAUCUGGAGACAAUGAUGAGGUUCAAGAAGAUGAACUUGAAUUCUCUGAUGAUGAGAAGGAGGCUGAGUUCAAAAGGUCAUUACAUCAAGCAAAAAGGCAGACUGAUAGACAGCAUGAGCCUAAUAAACCUUCUGGUGAUAAGAAGAGAUCACAGCCCAGAGGUGCCGGAUUUCGGAAAGACAUGCCACCAAGGAACCGAGAAACACUAACACCAGGUCACCAGUCACAGCCUCGUUUUCAAUGCUCAGAUAGGGCUCCUGCAGUUGCUGAAAAUAUGGCCCGGUCAUUGGGGCCUCAAAACAUUUCUAUGCGUGCUCCAACAAUGCUGCCACCUCCCCCGACGAAUCCUGCCAUGCCAUCACCUGUUCAUCUUGCAAAUCAGAUGGGUGGUUGCUUCAUGAAUCCAGUGCAGUUCUUGCCGCAGCAAUCAAACAUGAUUUGGCCUGGCAGGCUUCCACCACCGCCCCAUCCUAACAUGGGGGUAGAAGGAGCCGCCCUUGCUGCCAAUAUCAUGCAGAACCUCCUCGCUGGAGCUAACCAGUUCCGGCAACAGUUCCAGAAUCAGAAUUUCGGUGGCUUCCCGAACCAAAUGGCGAUGCCCUUUCCGCAGUUUAUGCCCCAGACCGGAGUGCCUGCAAAUCCAAUGCCGUUUGGUGGACCUCCUGUGAAUUCCCCAUUUGGUUCGGCACCUCAAGUGCCUAUGGGACAAGGCAACUUUGGCCAGCCUCCACACAUGGCCGGGGAUAGGCAGGAACAGGGACACCCUCCUGGAUUUCCCGCCAACUCACAAGGAUUUGCAAACCUGGCGCAACCCCAUGGAGAUGGAGAACAGCCACCUGCGCAGUUCCAUUCCGGGAAGUUAAAUCAGGGGAGCUCGUCCUUCCGCUGCAGAAGGCCGCAGCAACACGUUGGCCGGCAUUCCUCUGGCAGAGGUGCCUCUGCCAGUAGAGGCGGCCGGCAUCGCAGAUAGGUGGGCGGGGUGCUUUGCACCUGUGUAAUUUUGACUCUUGUCGAACUUGGCUUAAAUUCAGUGUGCGUGUUCCCGUGUAUUCUUAGACGAGAUAAUGUGAUCAGGUUGCUGUAAUACCAGAGUUGUUUCCUGUAAUGUUGCUGCAAUACCAGAGUUGUUUCUUGUAAUGUUGCUUUCUCGCAUCGGUCGAUACCAUGCGAGAUAUAGCCUGCGGCAGUGCUGGC